AUGGCAUUGGACGCCGCGAGGCUGAUUCAGCAGGUCGGGAUGCAGCAGCUGAUGCGCCGUCGACAGUCGCCUCGCCGAACCUCAGCUCCGGAACAGCUGCCCGACCCGCAGCCCAGCACGUGGGCGUAUUCCCGCCCCGUGGUCAUCCUCGACGCGUUUUGGAACCUCGCCUUCGUUGUAGUCACAGCCAUCACGCUCUUUAUAAGCCAGGCGCGCAACGAGCGCCCGCCCGCGCCGCUGUCUAUCUGGUUACUCGGUUACGCCGUGCAAUGCGCCGUGCACGUGAUCUGCGUUCUGCUGGAGCACGAGCGGCGGGAGAGCCGGCGCGUACGGGAGCAGCGGGAGCAGCGCAGGGAGAGGAGACGCGGGCGGGGGAGGGGGAGGAGGGGGAGGCGCGCAAGGGGAGAGCGGAGGGAUAGGGAAAGGGAGAGAGGGAGGGAGAUGAGGGGGGGCGGGGAAGCGAACGAGGGGGACGAGAACGUGAAUAGUGGGAGGGGUGAAGCGGGGGAGGCGGCGGGGGAUGUGGAGGGGACGAGAUUCGAUGCGUCGCGGGACCAAUCGGGGGAACGGGGGGGGAUGGGGGGGAGAGGGGAUGGCAGAGGAAAUGUGGAAGUGACGGGCAGCCGUAGCGAAAGGGAGAGAGAAGAGGAAUUCAUCUCCAUUCUACGCAGGAGGGACGCGGGUAGAGUGGCGACUCUAGACGAAGCAGCGUCUGUGCUUAUAACGGGACGGGCUCUGUUACUGGAAAGGGAAGUGCGCGAAGGGGAGGCGCUUGAGGGGCUUCUGGGGGAGGAGAGGGCGGGCGGGGAGGAUGGGAGGGGGGAUGGGCAGGCAAGGGCGGGCGGAAGAAUGAGGGGUGAGGAAGGAUCGACGGUGGAUGAUGAAGAGAUGAUGGUGGGAGCUGUGGAUGAAGGUGAAUCGGACGACUCAGAUCAGAGAGUUCGCCAACACCAUGUUCUCCUUCGCCUGGUGGCUCAAGCUUGCUCUCGUGAUCUCUCCUUCUCUCUCUCUCCUGCUCUCCCUCUUGCUUUCCCUCCCUUUCACCUAUUCCAGCCUGGCACAACGCGUAGAGUCAGCCAACACAAUGUUCUCCUUUGCCUGGUGGCUCGAGCUCACUUCCUCUCAUGCUCUCUCCUGCUUGCUCUCAUGCCUCCCUCUCUCCUUCUCACCCUCUCACCCUAUUGCAGCCUGGCACGGCGCGUAGAGUCAGCCAACACAAUGUUCUCCUUCGCCUGGUGGCUCGUCGGCUUCACGUGGAUCCUCUCCACCAUCGACGACUCUUUCAAAGACGCGCCCAUCCUCUCCUGGGCGACCACAGCCUUCCUGGCGUUUGACGUGUUCUUCGUCGUCUUCUGUGUGGCUGUGGCGUGCGUUGUGGGCAUGGCCGUGUGCUGCUGCCUGCCCUGCAUCAUUGCUCUCAUCUACGCUGUUGCAGACCAGGAAGGAGCAACACGAGAGCAGAUCGAAGCUCUCCCCAAGUUCAAGUUCUACCGCCAUCGCACCGCCGCCAACAACUCUUCCCAAGCCAGCAGCAUAUGCCCCUUCCACUCCUGCUCCUCCUCCUUCCGCCUCUCCUCGUCUCCCCCCCUCUCCUCCUCCACCACGUUCUCCUCCUCUCCAGCCACCCGAACCGCCCCCUGCCCCUGCUGCUCCUCCUCUGCCUUUGCCGGUGCCAUGUGGCGCAACGCGGUUGGCCUUGCUGCUGGGCUCUGGAGGCGGGCAGGCCGGGCAGGAGGAAAUAACAGCAGCAUCAGAAAUUCUCCAAGUGGCGAUGGGCUGGACGUCCGUGUGACAGUUGAGGAAGAGACAGGUGGCGUCAUGUCAUUGGUUGGCUCGGCCCAUCCGCCAAGGCGGAGGCAUGUAGAGGCGGAGGAUGCAGAAUGCUGUGUGUGCCUUGUAAGCCCUCGCACGUACCGCAUCAUCAAUUGGUACCUCAUGGGGUCCUUCUGGGCCAUGCUCAUCUGGCUCAUCGAGUGGUGGGGCCGCGUCGAGGUCCGGCUCUACGGCGAUCCCAAGGAUCACGCAUAUUACGGCAAGGAGAGCGCCUUGUGUGUGAGCAACCACCGCAGCGACGUUGACUGGGCCAUCGGCUGGGUUUUCUCCCAGAGGUGCGGCUGCCUUGGAGGCACGCGAGCGCUGAUCAAGGAGGAGGCCAAGUGGAUGCCUGUGAUUGGCUGGUCCAUGUGGUUCUCUGAGUACCUCUUCAUCGCCCGUAACUACGCCACCGACCAGCGGAGAAUACUCGACGGCUACGCUCGGCUGCGCAGCUUUCCACGGUUCUUCUGGGUGGCUCUGUUCAUGGAAGGCACGCGCUUCACGCCUGAGAAGCUCAAGGCGGCGCAGGAAUACGCCAAGGAGGCGGGGCUGCCCAUCCCCCGCCACGUGCUCGUGCCCCGCACCAAGGGCCUGGUGAUGUCAGUGGAGCAGAUGCGGGGACAUGCGGGGGCUAUCUAUGACUUCACCGUCAACUACCCCGUGGGAAAGAACCCCCCAACGUUCGCUAACAUUUUCAAGCGCAAGGCCUCGCAGAUUGACGUGUACUAUGAGCGGGUCCCCAUGGACCAAAUCCCUCAGGAUGCAGAGGGCAUCUCCAAGUGGUGCCAAGAAUCGUUUGUGAAAAAGGACAAGAACCUGGAUUAUUAUGUUGAACACAACGGCUUCAAUGAGAAAAUGAGGCUCAACACGACCAAGUCUCCGAAAUCCAUUUUGCACACGUGCUUCUGGACGGUUUUGAACUUCGUGGUAUAUGGCUGGAUCUUCACGCGGAACUUAUCGUACGAGCUCGAUCGUCUGGGAAAAGGCGACAGGAUGAUCCUGAUCCGCGGUGCGAGUCUUCGCGCUGCCAGGACGGCGUCGAAGGCGGACCAUCUGAUUUUCGGGUCGGCCUUCGGCUUCGAAGCCCUCGCCAUCCCCCUGUGCACCAGUGGCGGACCUCUUCCCGGCAGGCACUGCAGCGUCCUGCUUGUUGUGCGCCCUGGCGACCUGCUUUUGCCCGACGAGGAGGAGAUCGGGACGUUCUACCGCCACCUCGACCCCAAAACCUCCUCCAAGCGGCACGAGGAGGAGGCAGCCAACGUUCUGAGGUUUUUCAGCGAAUGCGUGAAGGCGGAGUUGAACCGUGGGGGAAGGCAGUCGACGGCUGCGCCUCCUUCCGCCAAAGUCCUCUCCGAACGUCUGGAGAGUCUUGCCGCCCCCAUCCGUGAUGUGAGUUUCCAACGUCCAUGUCGCCUUGUCGCCUGGGCUAUCGUCGUCCAGGCGUCGACUCACCCUUUUCGUCGGCGCCAUGUGCUUCGGAUGUUGAUGCAGAAAUUGCCCGACAUCCUCAAGGAGGAGGUCGCCGGCACGGGGCUGUUGGCGGUCAACGCGUUCGCGUGGUCGUUGGAGCAUCUGGACGACGUGCAUCGCAGCUACGAUCCGCUCAUCGUCGAGAACCCGAAGAUGGUCGGCUUGAAGGCGCUCCGACUGGAGCUGCUGCACCAAGCGGAGAAGGCCGCGCCAAACGAAGGGGAGGCGGCGUCGACCGUGGCCCGUGGCGUCGGAACCGCCAUCGCUCUGGGUGGGGAGGAGGAGCACGAGAGGGAGGACGUCGAGGGGGGCGGGGAGCACGAUGGUGGCUCGGAAGAAGAGGAGGACGUGGAGCGUGAGGAGGACGACGUGGCUGUCACCGGCGAAGAGGAAGCAGUACAGUUCGCCGGUGAGAAGAUUGCGGAUAAGAGCGGCGGCAGCGGACCCAAUUCGGGCAAGAAGGCCCGGGGCAGCAGUGGCUCGACCCCGACUAGGAUGGCGUCAAAGGCGGCUAUCGAGCGUCUGAAGGCGGCGGAGAGGGAGAUCAAGAAGCUGAGGGAGGAGAAGCUGGUGGCGGAAAAGAGGCUGGAGUUCCAGACGGCCCGGAACAACACGAUGUACGGCGUGGUCACCUCGGCCGUGAACAAGCUCACUACAGUCGCCGAGGGCGUGACCCAUCUCGAGCAGACGUCGGGGAGGAGCAUCCAAACGGCGGUGGACGCUAUGAGGGCGGUCGUGCAGGAGGCGGUGAGCUAUCGCGGCUCCACCCUAGAAUUCAUGAACACGCAGUGGCUGCCCACCGUGCAAGCCCUGCACUUGACGGCUACUGCUGCACAGGGUAGGCGACGGGAGGACGACCUCCUGCUGCUUCGAGGUGUGGCAGAUGCUCUUGGCUAG